CCGCAGCGGCCAUGGCAGAGCGGGGGGCGAGCACCGAGGAUCGCAUUGUAGCUGAAGUUGAGAAACAGAUUGUAGAAGCUUUUGAGGUGUUUGACCAUGAAGACAGUAAAACUGUGGAUGUCAGAGAGAUUGGUUCAAUUAUCAGGUCACUGGGUUGCUUCCCAACUGAGGCAGAAGUACAAGAGGUGCUUGCAAAGGUAGAAGAAGAACCACUGACUGGAUAUGUUCAUCUGGAAAAAUUUCUUCCAAUGAUGACAAAAGUAAUACUUGACAAAAGAUACCCCCCUAUUCCGGAAGAUGUUCUUCUACAUGCAUUUAAGGCUUUGGAUCAGAAUAAAUGUGGAUAUGUUACUAAAGAGGACCUGGUCAAAUAUUUGACUGAAGAAGGUGAGCCCUUUACUCAGGAAGAACUGGAAGACAUGCUUUCCACUGCUCUAGAUCCAGAAACAAAUGCUGUUCACUACACAGACUACAUUUCAAUGCUGGUAAUAGAUGAAACCGAAGAUCUUCCCCUUUAGGUUUUGAGAUGCCUUUUGGUAACAGCAGUGUAGCUUGGCAGUUAGUUGGAAAAAGGAAUUUUGAAGGAUAACAAAGCUCAGCUUGUGACCUUGUGGUUAUAAUUAAAAUAAAAUCUGUGUAGCUGUAUUUCCUUCGGUUUUGUGUACAUGUUGAAAUAUAUUCACACCUGGAAAAAGAGCUCUUGACAGAAAUACUGUGUAAGGUCUGGAAAAGAAAUAAUGGAAUUUGGUUUGGAAAAUAACAGGAAAAAUAAUGUUAAUGAAGUCAAGAAAUGACUUUACAAUCGGUUCUGAAAAACUAACAGAGAAUGAGGCCUGUGCAGUCGAGUAAUACGUAGGUGAGUACCUUAAGAUGACUAAAAUCGUGAAAGCAUGCUACUAAGAUAGAGCUUUUAUAUUUAAAUGUAAUCCCUGUUUGUGUUCGACUAAUAAGGCACCAGGUAGGUUAUUCCUUUUGAAAUAAUAUAAUAGGUGAAAUAAACUUUCUUCAGGUUCUAGUUUUUGUCAAAUAUUUGUGGUUUGUUUACCAUAGGCAAUUAAACUGGACCAGUUUAUUUCAUUUUAUUGUACUUAUCCACUGGCACACGGUAUUUUGCUUCCGUU